CCUCAGAGGCAGCGCAGGCAGACCGCUCGACGCAGGGCAGGCGCAGCGAGUGGUCGGCGCCCGUGCUUUGCGCAAGCAGCCUGCCCUCAAGUCUGGUCGCGCCUCUUGCCUUGCUGCUGCACGAUGUGCUGCUUGCCGUGAUCCUCCAGACAGGCGAUGUGGGCCAGGACUCCUACCGCUUGACGUCGGCGUUGCUGAGGCGGAUCAUGAGCGUUGAGCGCCGCUUCGCGGCGUCGUGGGUACAUUGUACAUGUCGUCGCUACAUCCCUCGACCGACGGCCACGUCUUGAGCCCAGCCCCUCGGCUCUCGCGACGCCGCCCGCCGCCUCCCGAAUGGGUCUCCAGCUCGACGGUGCACGUGCCACAUGAAGCGUCAACGCCCGGCGUUGCAGCCGUCGUGCCGCCGGCUCCAGGAUUGCUCAAGACGAGCCUUUUGGUCGAGAAUGAGGCGCGCAGCAGCCGCGCAACCUCGUCUCCAAGAGACGGCCAAGCCGAGCUCCCCGCGCCCACGCUUGCAGCGUUCAUGCCCCUCACGCACCACCUGCACGCACCGCGCACACGCUUCGGGCACGUCGCCGGCGCCAGGCAUCCCAGCGCGAGCGACGACGCAUGGGAGCAUCGGAACGCAGCAGGGUGCAGGAGAUGUCAAGACGCGCUAAGAGAGCUCCCGUGGUGCGCGCGCGAGGCGGCUGCGGAACCGACGGGACGGCGAAGCGCGCCUCGGCCAGGUGCAGCGUCAGCGUUGCUGCUCGGCUCGCUGCUCGGAAGGGGCAGACUAUCUCGGAUCUGAUGCUGCACGGCCAUCGCAGCGUCGCGGAAGCGGCCAGCGUCGAGAGACGCAAGCG